AUCCUGGGAUUUUUGUUUUAGCUGAACCGUACCACCAUUUUGGAUUGUAUUUCAAGCUCUUUGGAAUUUUGUUUAAUAUGUUUUAUAAGAAAGAGUGAGAAUAAUACAAAACAGAUUGUUGAUUAAAAUAUUAGAUAGUAGUUAUAGGAAGAUGUGUUUUAACAGUUUAAACAUCAUCCGUUACUUUCAGGGGUUACCACGGACAACGCUUAUCGUAAACGUGACCCCACCAAUCACAGAGCGAGAUAUUCCAAACAAGCCAAUCAGAGCGGUCGUUUGUCCAUCCAAACAACCGUCCUUUCCACAACCUGAAACAAACAUCGAGAUUUUUCCUGAAAACAUGAUGCUAAUUUAGCACGGUAGUAGUUAAAUUUCAUUUCAUUUUUUUAAAACAUUAGUUUGUUUGGGUUUUAGUUGAUCCCAAAUGCAGUCUGAAUGGUGUGAGUAACGUCUCGAAAGAAUGAAUACCCGGGAUUCACCGCCGCCACCGGUUCACGUCCAUGUACCGGAGACCACACCUGUACAUGUUCAUAUGAGGAGGAGUCCCAGCAAGACCCCACAGAAUAGGGCACAAGAGGCCCACAUGAGGGGAAAUGAAGGGAGGCCAAAGGUCCGGACGCCGUGGAUUCCUCCAGGAAGACUGUCCUGCAGAAGAGAUAGAAGCAGACUGGAGCCCCGAACAGAACGUGGAUUCAGACAACAGCGUGAUGAAGAAGGGCAGGAAGAAGAGCUCGCUGCAGUAUCCAAAAACCUCAGUUUCCUCCUCAGAGAGCAAGAGAGCAUUCGUCAUUUAAAGAAGUCGGAGUCUAGUGGUCAACACAGAGAGAUAGACGUGCUCCUGAGGGCGCUUGUAGAAGCAGAAAUCGAUGGCGUAGCAGUAGCCAAUCAGCUGGCCGCUCUGAAGGAAACUAUGGAUAGCCUCGCUAAGGACAAGCGGCUAUCAAAAUUGCACACAGCUUCGCUGGGACGGCAGCAGGAGUUGUUGCUAGAGAAGAUUGAGAUGUUUGACAACACGAAUCGCAGCCUUCGAGAGCUGCUCAGAGAAUGGAGUGAAUACGAGAGAGAAUCAUUGGUGUGGUCAGAACAGAAAAACGCCUUGAAGAAGAGAUUGACUGACAGCGAAGCAGAGAACAUUCGACUAAUGGCCAAACUCACCAACAAGGAGAAAGAGGCUUUUAAGCUUGCUGAGCAUUUGGACUAUGAAAAGGACAACGUGAAGACGACGGAGGAGCUUUCAAGAGUCCUGCAGUCGACCCACGGCCAUCUGGAAUCGGAGUUGAACAGAGCAGAAGCUGAAAAGGUCCAUCUGGCUGCUCAGAUUCAGAAGAUGCAGCAGAGCCACGAGCAGCAGCAGCAGGAGCUGCAGGCUCUACAGAAGGAGCUGCAGACUCUGAGGCAGCGGAGGGAGGAGGAGGAGGAGAAAGGGCGGCAAGACCAGGAGGCCCUGGCCCUGCUUACCCAGCAGGCCGAGCGAGCUGAAGAGUCCUCCAGGCAGCUCGCUGCAAAACUGCAGGAGAAGGAAUCCCAGUUGGCUCAAGCCCUGUCCACAUCCAGUGACUGGUGCUUCCGCCACUCUAAAGAGGCAGCCGCUAAAGCACAGCUGGAACAGGACAUUUCUGCUCUCAAAAUUGAGCUGACGGAGCUGAACUCUCAGCGACAUACGGCGGAGGAGAGGAGUCUGACGGAGAGGGAGGAGCUCAGGGAUCAGAUUCAUCACCUCAGCGCUGAGAACACCUCCAUCAAGCUGGACAACCAAAGACUCACGGGUCAGCGGACAUCAUCUGAGGAGAAGCUCAGCAGUCUGCAGGCUGAAGCCCGUCGGCUGAAAUCGUCAUUAAAAAAGCACGAAAACCUGAUAGAUAAAUACAAGAAGAAGCUCCAGCAAGUUCGUCUGGAAUCGGAGGAGUGCUGCCUGAAGCUGGAGAUGACGCAGAAGGAGGCGCGGGAGGUGAAGGUGAGCCUGGAGAGGGAGACGGAGCAGGUGAGGAGGGAGCUGCUGGGCCGGCUCAGAGAGCUGGAGACCCUGCCCGACAGACUGAGGAGGACCGAGCAGCAGCUCAGAGACGCCGAGCAGGAGGCCGACGCCCACGAGAGGAGGAACAUGGAGCACAGCUCCGCCCUCUCUGAAGUCCGACACAAGGUGGAACAGCAAGGCACUCAGCUGGAGACGUUCCAGCAGAGGAACCUGCUGCUGCAGGAGGAGAACAACGUUCUCAAAGAGAAGAUUCAAAACUUCGAGAGGAGGCUGGAGGACGUGAUGGUCGAAAACAAAGACAUGUCCCAGGCUCUCUCCUUAAAGGACGCCGGUAUCCGCAGCAUUCAGCAGCAGCUGGAGGAAAAGACCCGCGAGUGCAGCGUCCUGUCCAGACAGCUGCAACAAACUCUGGAUGACGCACACAGACAGGUGGACACCAGCAUGCAGAGGGUUUUGGCCAAAGAGAGGGCGGCUCAGUCUAAAGCCUUGGACCUGCAGAGCCAGCUCGACCGAGCCAAAACAGAGCAGAGUCAGCUACGGCGAAGCAAGGAGGAGAUGGAGCAUCGUUUCCAGAGUCAGCUGCAGAACAUGAAGGACAGACUGGAGCAGUCGGACUCUACAAACCGUAGUCUGCAGAACUAUGUUCAUUUUCUCAAAACCUCUUAUGGAAACGUGUUUGGUGACUCUUUGCUUGCAAGCUGACUGCAAAAAAAACUGACCACCAUCCAUUCCCAAAAUUGUGGGAUUUUGUGGUAGACCAAAAUGACAUUUAUUGACUACUAUUUUUGACUUGAGAGUUUUAUACUAUCUAUAAAAUGAUAAAAAUGUUUUAAAAUGGAAUGCUCACAUUA